AUGGAUACCCUCACACUAAAGGAACGCGCUGCCGAUAUAUUCCAAACCGCCAACAGUCUGGCCGAUGAACUGGCUCUGACAGGCCACCCCGAACCAACAUUUGAACAUGGCCUGCCAUCCCAUCUCCACGGCGAUGCGCCGGAGUCAGAAGCUAGGAACCUAAAGGACCAGCUUCUCCGUAUGGUUGACGAGCUCAAUGCGCUCCUUUCAGAGCCCACAGAGCUGCUUGUACCUGAGACACGCCUCCCAACUCUAAGCAUCCAUCCUAUCGUCCGUCUCGGCAUCGCAGAAAACUUCCCAGAGCAGGGGACCACGGUCUCUGAUCUCGCACAAGCACUGCACCUGAGUCAGAGUGUCGUGGGUCGGUUACUCGCACACAGCGCAACACAUCAUGUCUUUUAUGAGGCCGAGCCGGGAUUCUACGUCCAUACUGCGGCGUCUCGGCUUUUGUGCCAGAAUAAAGGAAUGCGGGACUGGGUUCGUGUUGGUGCGGAGGAGGGUCUUCCUGGGAUAUUGAAGAUCGCCGACGCCGUAUCACAGUAUCCAGAUUCACAGGAGCCUGAGCAUUGCGGCUGGAAUAUCGCAAACAACAUAGACCAGCCUGUCUUCCGCGCGCUGACAAGCAUGCCCGACCGCGCAGCCACAAUCGCCAGCGCUAUGGACUGGCAAACGAGGCAUUCAGGCUUCUCCCCGAAAUAUCUAGCAGAGGCUUUCCCGUGGCAGACCAACGCACCAGAUGACCGCGACGGACUAGGGCUGACCGUUGUCGACGUCGGCGGCGGCCUCGGGCAUAUAUCGCGCGCACUGGCAGAGCACGCACAUCCAGCCGCUGAGACUGCUACAUUCAUCGUCCAGGAUCUGCGUGAUAUUGUAGACGCGGGACAAUCCAUCCUCCCUGCGCAGCUGAAGGGGCGGGUGAGCUUCCAAGUGCAUGACUUUUUCACCGAGCAGCCGGUCCAUGAUGCGGAUGUGUAUCUUCUGUCCUCUGUCUUGCAUGACUGGCCGGAUAAGUAUGCAGCCAGGAUCUUGCGGGCGUUGGUGCCGAGUUUGAAGACGGAUGCAAAGGUUGUGAUUAAUGAGCGUCUAGUGCCGGGGUUUCAUGAGGCGCAUUAUAUGGUCGAGAGGCAUUAUCGUGCAUUCGAUAUUACCAUGCUGGGCUUUCAGAAUUCCCUGGAGCGGACGAGGAAGAACUGGGAGGAUCUGAUCAAGGAGGCCGAUGGGCGAUUCGAAUUGACAAGCGUUAAGCAGCCGAAGGGGUCGUUUUUGGCCAUUAUUGAAGUGACUUGGAGGGGAUGA